AUGGGAGUGGACCCUAGUUCUGGGUUACCCUUGCAAGAGUCCGAUGCAAAGCGCAGGCGAGUGAAUGCCAUCACCAAGAAUCAUCCACAUGUUGAUGAGGUUGUCAUCUUAGAUGACUUGGGCCUUGAUGCUGACGUUGAGCAAUCAGGCGAGGGUUAUGAUGAUGACGAUGCUGAGGAGCAUGAGUCAGGUGAUUCCAGCAUCCCUUCCGAGCUUUGGAGGGCGUAUAGCGAUGGCGAGCCCACCAUGUCGGUGGAUGAGCUUGCACAACUGGAUUACAUUUCCGCAGCGUUUGAACUUGAUCGACUUGUCAAACUCGGUCCCGGUGUUCUGGAAGAGCUGAGUUGGUCAGAUGAUCUCAGCAAUUUUCGCACGUUGUCGACCAAAAUGGUCACAAGCUGGAGGUUAAAGCCUGCCCCAUCCGGUGAGGGAGAUGCAUACCUCAGGCGAUCAAGGUUCGUUGCAAGAGAUUUCCGCUGGAUGAACCACAUGAUGGAUGAUGAGGUGUUUGCGCCUGCGAGUUCAAAUGUGCUUGUCAAAGUGUUGCCUGCCAUUCUUGUUUCUCACCAGUUGGGUGAUGAGCCUUGGGAGGCCAUGUCAUUGGACGUGGUUGAUGCUUAUCUUACUGUGCCCCAAAAGGUCGGUGACGAGCUCAGUUUCCUCAAGCGCAGAGUUGCCCACCAGAAGCCCAAGCAGACCCCGUUUCCCACUGGUGGCACUCUGCCUCUUUGGGUGCAAACAACUGCCUUGGAUCCUGAAAGGUCAGCCGUUUACCGCAGAUGCGUUGGCGUAUUGCUUUAUGUGGCCUCCGACAUGCCUCAUGCACAGUUUGCCAUAAAGACUUUGGCGAGCUUCAGCUCAAGUCCGAAUGAAGGUGCAUGGAAGUGCCUGAGACAUCUUGGGAACUAUCUCUUUCAUCAUCGAUAUGUCCCCAGCCUGCAGACUGAAGGAAAAGGCCAUGGAUUGGUGGUCAGAUCACAGGAUCAUGUCCUUGAGAUCUUUGCCGACUCGGACUGGCAAGGGAACAAAGCUGCAAGGAAAUCAACCUCAGCAGGCUGCAUUCUAUUCAACGGGAUGACGAUCCAUUGCUUUAGCCGUUCCCAGAACUGUGUUGCACUGAGCUCAGCAGAGGCUGAGUACAUUGCCUGUGUGAGUGCCACAUGCGACGGCAUCCUGUUGAAAGCUGCGCUGAGCCAUGUGCUUCAGGAACGCGUGGAGGUUCACCUCUUCACGGAUAGCAGUGCAGCGCGUGGCCUGAUGAAUAGGAAUGAGGAUGAAGGAUUUGAGUUGGUUGGAUCAGAGGAGCAUGAGCAGCAGCGUCAGCGUGAGGAGGCAAAGAAGUUCCUGCGUGCCAUUACGCGAGGAG